UUGGCAGACCCAGUUUUCCGCGCACGUGCACGCGGAUAAGUGGAGUUGUAAACCAAGCGCGCGCACUUUUCAGCACCAAUACCUCGUGGAUAGCAGCCAAGCAUUUUGGGGAGGAUUUUUGUUUAUUUAUUUAUUUUUCAUGUGACAAGACGAAGAACUUGUGGUUUGUGGUGCCAUAGAGUGAUUGAGAUCAGUGGGAAACGCGGAUAGCGGCUUCGAGUCGUCGAGCGGAAAUACAAUCGCGGCGGGGCUUCAGGCAGCUUUGUUUGCCCGGCGACUCGAGCUGCAUCUCCGCUUCAAGAGGGACGUUCUUCCGGGUAAAGACAUUUUUUUCCCCUCUCUGUACCGACGCUCAACAAACUGCAGCUCGGUGAGACUAAAUGGCUGGAAGCAGAAGGAAACAGAGGUGAUACUGAAGACUCGUCUUCGUUGCUGGUUCGGUCCAGUCAGCGGUUGGGGUCGUGGUUGUGCUCUUCUUGCCGCCGAGGUCUCCAUUGUCUGAGCAUCUCCGUGCCGCCAAACUCCCGCGCUGCCGCCACACACCUGCCGCUCCCACACCACAGCAGUGCUGUCUCUCCCUCCCCCGAUUGUUAUUCUAUUUUUCCAUCCAUCUGAAUUUUUUUCGGGCCCCACACUUCCAGCAGCAGCAUGUGCUCUCGGAUUUGGUUCGUGACCGACCGACGCAUCAGCCAGGAAUACCCCCAAGUCCAGAUCCUCCGGGCGCUGAAGGAUCGCUGCGCCGAAGAGGAGGUUGAAUUCCGCUCCCUUGUCAUGGAUCAGAUCGUGCUUACGAUCAGUCAGGGCCUAUUAGGUCUGCGAGUGGAUCAAGAGCUGGUGACCUCCUAUCCACAGGUGGUGGUGGUGCGCGUGCCCACACCUUGGGUUCAGUCUGACAGUGACAUCACCGUGCUGCGCCACCUGGAGAAGAUGGGAUGUCGGCUGAUCAACCGGCCUCAGGCCAUACUCAACUGCGUCAACAAGUUUUGGACCUUCCAGGAACUUGCUGGCCAUGGCGUGCCUCUUCCUGACACCUUCUCUUACGGCGGGCACGACAACUUCCGUAAGAUGAUCGACGAGGCGGAGCCCCUGGGUUACCCCGUGGUGGUGAAGAAUGCACGUGGGCACAGAGGAAAGGCUGUGUUCCUGGCACGAGACAAGCACCACCUGACGGAUCUGUGCCACUUGAUCCGCCACGACACCCCCUACCUGUUUCAGGAGUACGUCAAGGAGUCGCACGGGCGGGAUGUGCGGGUGGUGCUGGUGGGCGGCCGUGUCAUCGGCUCCAUGCUGCGCUGCUCCACUGACGGGCGCAUGCAGAGCAACUGCUCCCUGGGUGGUGUUGGUAUGAUGUGCCCCCUGAACGAGCAGGGCAAGCAGCUUGCCAUAGAGGUGUCCAACAUCCUCGGCAUGGAUGUGUGCGGCGUCGACCUCCUGCAGCUCAACGACGGCUCCUACGUGGUGUGCGAGGCCAACGCCAACGUGGGCUUCAUCGCCUUCGACCAGGCCUGCGGCAUGGAUGUAGCAGGGAUCGUCGCGGACUUUGCUCUCUCCAACCUCCCCAGCCGCCUCACCCGCAAGAUGUCCCUGCUGUCUGUGGUCUCCAGCACCAGCGAGACCAGCAGCGAGCCAGAGGUGUGCAUCGUCCCCGCCGGCGGCGGUUCGCUGCCGGAGGCCGUCUGCAACAUGAGCGUAGGAUCCACUUCAAGCGAGAGUGACCCGGAGCUAGCCGAGCCCUCCCAGAUGUCGUCCCGCCAGUCCACGCCCCCAUCCCUGCCCGACCUGCCAGAUCCAACCUACAACUUUAACACCCUCCUGGCCAAUGAAAUCAAGCUAUUGACUGAGUGAGCUUCAGGCGAAUCCCUGCAUGCAUGAACACACCACUACACACAUACAAACCCUGUAUUGAUGCUGACAAAAACGUCUUUUAAAACACAUAUCGACCCAGAAACCAUACGAACGAAAAACGUUUAUUCAAAACAGGAACUGAGGGGCAAAAGAACAGAUUCUCACACAGCCAUGGAAACAAACUCAAAACACGAGCAUCCUUCCUUUUCGUUAAAGAUCUGCGGCUGCUCCCCUGACUCUCACACCUUUGCAUCUUUCCAAAAAUGAAAAAUCCCACCAUCUGGAAACACUUUACUUCACAGCAUGAUGGGAUACAAUAUAUCAGGUAACGACUAAAUUCAGCCUAUACUUGUGUGCAUUUUUACUACUUUUGGAUGGUUGAGGAACUCCAACUAAUGCAUACAUCUGGCUUUACAGUUCGCGUUUUUUUCUGCUGAGACUGUCUGGUAGAUUUUUGAAACGAUGAAGCUUUCCACCUUAAUUCAUCGUCACACUAGGCAUAAACAGACCAGAACAAGACACGAUGCAACAAAUACAGUGUUGGCCAACAGCAAACAAGGUUUCACACUGACAAGCUGGUUUAUUUCAAUGAAUUCAGAGCAGCAACAACAAUUCACGAAUGCCUGGCACUUCAUUAAUUAAAAAAACAAAUCAUUUUCACUUCUUUGACAUAUUGAGCAACAAUGAGACAGAGUGUGAAAGCCACGUCAACACUUGGCAGUUGAAUUACCUCAGAACCCUGUUGAGGCUAUAGGAUCCAGAUGUAAACUACACAUCAGCCCAGAUCCGUGUGGCGUUCAGGCGGCCCCUGACAUGCCAGCUGUUCCUUCCCUUUAUGUCACGGACCUAAACUAUGAUUUUUAUUUUUUAUUUCUCUUAAUUUUUUUUUUUUUUUGUAAAUAGAAGUAGUGAACGAUCUUCAGAGAAUACUAGCACAUACAACUGGAACUGAAACAACUGCCGAAAUUUUCAUAAGCUAUAGUGACAAAUGAUACUGUACAGACUUUGAAUUGGUGCUGACGCAAGGAAAUUGGUUUCAGAUGGGAUUUCUGUUCACCUUUUGUAGACUUUUUUGUUGUUUUGAUAUAUUUUGUUUUUUCUUUUUAAAUAGAAAUGUAACAACCAAAACCACAUGAACGUGUUUUAGUGUAAAAACAAACAAACUUUAAAGUAUUUUUUUACAGUAUUUUUAAGUAGAACGUUACAUUUUUCCCCUUUUACUGGAAAAGAAAGGAAAGUAAAAAAAAGAUCCAAACAAAAGACUUUGUUUACACUUUUUUGUUUUUCACGAUUCAAUGAACUCUGAAGAAAAAAUAAACAAAACUGCAAUGGCAUAUGCUAAGGGAUUUAAUAUAUUACUAGCCAAGUGUGACCUAAAGCACAAAUCAUUUUUCGUCCAAACAGCGACUUGUCUUUCGGCUUGUAUCCCUUUCUGUUGAUCCCAACUCAGGGAAGCAGCCUGGAUCUCUGUCUCCCACUCAAAAAAACCCCACAGAAACCACCCGAGUAUGAACACAAUACACACCUACAUGCAGAGGGAAGAAAACAACAACUAAAAAGUUCCUGUAAACUAGAGUAUAAAGGUAGUGGUGUAUACCAUGGUUGACAUGCACUUUUUCCUUGCUUGUUUCAGAAUGUUCCUCGUGUUCUUCCUAAAUUACAGUGUUUUUGAAGAAAAGACAUUUGUGUGCACCUAUAUUGUCUCAAUAAAGUGACACAGCUGUGAAGUUGAACUUAUUUUCCCCUUCGUUGUGGGCCAAACUCACUGUCUAGACUCAAAGCUGGGCCCUACUGGAGGUAGGGGUGGGAGUGCCAAUGCUACAUCUGCCAGACACACAAAAAAAAAA